CCUUUUGUUGCUACCUUACCUUCCGAGUGAUGUGGAACUAGGUCCAGCAGGAAGUAUAUUAUAACGACGACUAGUCGUUUAGCUUCUAAACUGCUGAACGACAUGCCAUUUAAUAAACGAAACGAGAAGUAUCACGUCGUUUGUCGAACUACAAGCCAUCCACUCGUUUCAGAAAACAAAAUUCUAGAAAAGCGCUGUUUGGAUAGUUGACAGAUGAACUCUGCAGCUCAUGGAAACUCUAAGCACCCCGCUUGUUUCUCUUCCACGUCACCCAAAUCCAACUCCCCUAACUGUUGAUAACGGUCAUCGUGACCACCCAGUUUUCUCUCUAAUCAACCUAUGCUCAACUAUAAAACAACUCAAACAAAUCCAUGCUCAUAUGCUCCGUACAGGUCUGUUCUUAGACCCUUACUCGGCCAGCAAGCUCUUCAAAGCCACUGCCCUGUCAUCUUUCUCGAGCCUUGAGUAUGCUCGCCAGGUGUUUGAUCAAAUUCCCCAACCAAAUCUUUUCACAUUCAACACCCUCAUUCGCAUUUAUUCGUUUAGUUCUGAGCCCAUUCAAAGUGUUAAAAUCUUUUUGCGAAUGCUUUCUGAAUCUCCUUAUUAUCCAAACAAAUUCACGUUCCCCUUUUUAAUCAAAGCGGCUGCGGAGAUUGCUAGGUUACCUGUUGGGCAAGUUUUUCAUGGAAUGGCUAUUAAGUCUUCGCUUGGUGAUGAUGUGUAUAUUCUUAAUUCAUUAAUACACUUUUAUUCGUCGUGUGGGGAUUUAGAUAUGGCUUAUAGGGUUUUUGUUAUGAUUGAUAAUAAAGAUGUUGUGUCUUGGAAUUCGAUGAUUUCAGGUUUUGUUCAAGGAGGUCGUUUUGAGAUGGCAUUAGAGUUGUUUAGAGAAAUGGAGGUAGAUAAUGCUAAGCCUAAUGAUGUAACAAUGGUGGGUCUUUUAUCAGGUUGUGCUAAGAAAAGGGAUUUGGAGCUUGGGAGAUGGGUCUGUUCUUAUAUUGAAAAGAAACAGAUAAAAAUGGACUUGACUAUGAGUAAUGCGAUGCUUGAUAUGUUUGUUAAAUGUGGGACCUUGGAAGAUGCAAAAAGAUUGUUUGAUAAGAUGGAAGAAAAAGAUAUAAUUUCCUGGACGACCAUGAUUGAUGGUUAUGCUAAAUUGGGGGAGUAUGAUGCAGCAAGGUGUGUUUUAGAUGUCAUGCCAAGACAAGAGAUUGCUACAUGGAAUGCGCUUAUAUCAGCGUAUGAACAGAAUGGGAAACCAAAAGAGGCUUUAGCCAUUUUUCAUGAGUUGCAGCUCAGCAAGAAUGUGAUUCCAGAUGAGGUCACUUUUGUGAGUGCUUUGUCAGCCUGUGCUCAGUUAGGAGCAAUGGAUGUAGGUGAGCAGAUCUAUGCAAACAUAAAAAACCGAGGUGUCAAGUUAAAUUGUUAUCUCACUACCUCACUCAUUGAUAUGUAUUCUAAGUGUGGGAAUCUGGAUAAGGCUCUUGAGGUAUUUAAUUCAGUAAAGAGGAGAGACAUAUUUGUUUGGAGUGCCAUGAUUGCUGGUUUGGCAAUGUAUGGGAAGGGGAGAGCUGCAAUUGAUUUGUUCUUCAAAAUGCAAGAAGCUAGGGUCAAGCCGAAUGCUGUGACUUUUACAAAUAUACUAUGUGCUUGUAGUCAUGCCGGCUUAGUGGAGGAGGGGAGGAUGUUUUUCAAUCAAAUGGAGCCGGUUUAUGGGGUUGUGCCAGGAUUCAUGCACUAUGCUUGUAUGGUUGAUAUUCUUGGUCGUGCAGGCCUUCUGGAUGAAGCUGCUGAACUCAUAGAGAAAAUGUCAAUAACUCCUAGCGCUUCUGUAUGGGGGGCUUUACUUGGGGCCUGUAAGAUUCAUGGUAAUGUUGAGCUUGCUGAACAGGCUUGUAGCCGUUUGCUGGAAUUGGAACCAGAAAAUCAUGGUGCUUUAGUGCUUCUAUCUAAUAUAUAUGCCAAAACAGGGAAAUGGGACAAUGUUUCUGAACUAAGAAAGCGUAUGAGAGUCUCUGGACUAAAGAAAGAGCCAGGUUCUAGCUCAGUCGAGAUCAAUGGUGUAAUUCAUAAGUUUCUAGCAGCAGAUAAUUCUCACCCUCUUGGCAAGGAAAUCUAUUCAAAGCUAGAUGAGAUUAUGACAAGAUUAAAAUCCUUGGGUUAUGUACCAAACAAGUCUCACCUUUUGCAACUUGUUGAAGAAGAAGAAGUGCAAGAGCAAGCCCUAAACCUUCACAGUGAGAAGUUAGCUAUUGCAUUUGGGCUGAUUAGUGUUAAGCCAUCUCAACCUAUCCGGAUUGUGAAGAAUCUUCGUGUUUGUGGGGACUGUCACUCAGUUGCUAAGCUCAUUUCUAGGGUUUAUGAUAGAGACAUAUUUUUGAGGGAUCGAUAUCGAUUUCAUCAUUUCAGUGGAGGGCAGUGUUCAUGCAUGGAUUAUUGGUGAAUAUGAGAAAAACUAGCUGCAAGCUAUUCAUCUCAACCUAAAAAAUGGAACUUUUACUUGGUAUAACUUUGCUAUAAGUUCAGGAAGUAAAACCAGAGGCCAAGUUAUAAUUUCCCCAAAUAAUUCAUAUUAUGUCAAAAGGAGUUAAUAUUAACCACUGAAAGGUUCUCUCAUGUUCAGUCUGUCUCUUGGAGAUUAUGCUGAACCCUAUGAUGUCAAUAUGAAAGGUUAUUGCUGAGCAUUCAAUCUGCUCUCCUCUUCUUUUGGUCCAAGCUCUGUUCUUACUUUCUUCUACUUCUUAACGAAGGGAACUGACUGAUCUGCAAUCUCUAUUGCUUGAUCUGGCAAUGAAAGUUCGAUGAAGUUGUGAAGGUUUAUGUCAUCUAUGAAGCGUCUAAAUUCUUCUGAAAAUUGUCUUAAAUAAUUUUAAGUUAUUCUUGUGAUGAAACACAUCUGUGAAAGAAUGCAAUCUAGUAAUGUUACCUGGUGCAGCAUAACCAAUGGUUCCCUCCACUCCAACUGAGCUGAACUCAUUCAGAAAAGCUUCCUUACCAGAUUUUGAAAAGAGCCUUACCAAACCAUAUUCACUAACAUGAGCAAUCAGAUAAUUAUCAAGGAGAACAUUGCUUGGCUUUGGAUCGAAAUCAACCACAGAGAUUUGGCAGUGACGAUGCAGAUAAAGCAAUGCAGAAGCCACAUCAAUAGCAAUGUUUAUGCUUUCGAGAAAGUUUAAUCUUCUCAACUGCAUAUCUGCUUCCCCAGGAUGCAGCCACAUCUCCAAUUUCCCAUUCAGCAUGAACUCAUGUAUUCAUUGCCUUCAAGAUCAAUGCUUGAGCAAACUGUUUGGAUGCCUGAUAUUGGGUCAUAAGGCGACCUGAAAAUCACCCUGAUCGUCAAGAAUAUCUCUCUGCUCAUCGGAGAUCACAACACAAAAACAAAUACUGAAUAAGCAUGUUACGGCAAAAAUACAGAGACGUGUGUAUCGUGUCUAGUUAAAUAGAAUUUGUUAAUAACUGUUAAAAUA